AUGACUGGUAUUGCUGAAAAACAUCAUACGACUGUUUCGUCUGUCAUUCUAACAUGGAUCGUGCAAAGUGGAAACGGUGUCGCCGUGAAAUCAAAGAGCAUUGAGAGAGUUUCCGAAAACUUCAAGGUACCGUAUACCAUACAAAAAUUGAACCUAAAAUUAUUGUUGUUUUUCCAGUCCACUACUCUUCAACUCACGGACGAAGAAAUGGUGAAGAUCAAAGAGUUGGAUUUGAGCACUCCAUACGUUGAAGACAGAGGAUGGGAAGUCGUCUGA